GUUUUUUUUCCCCCCCGUAACAAUUCCAAGAAUUAAACUCGAUCCCAUCCUCUCCAACGUCCGGCUCCACGUCUUCAUUAUUACAAUUUACUCAGGCAGGUACCUAACCUUGGGUUGUCUUUUUUUUAACCACAAAUUGUAUUUAGUUUAGUUAAGAAAUUUCCUUACAGGCACAAAAAUGAAAAUCUCAUACUAUAAAUAGGACUGACUGCUUGAAUCAGAUCUCCACCACUCAAUUCACUUUAGACAUUUGAGUCUGCUUUAACACUUUGUUUUUGCUGCGUUCGUUUCUUCUGAAUUUUGGAGUUCAAUCAUUUCCGAAACUCCAGAACAUUUGCAGCAAUGGUGGGCCAAAUCUCUAAUGGAGGAAUUGUGCUUCCUCAUGUUUUCCUAGUUUCUUACCCAGGCCAGGGCCAUGUUAAUCCUCUGCUCAGGCUCGGCAAGAUUCUUGCUUCAAAGGGUCUGCUCGUCACUCUCUCCGCACCCGAAACCAUUGGGGAAAAGAUUCGGAAAUCCAACAAGAACAUCUCCGAAAUCCCCACCCCAUUUGGUGAUGGUAUGAUCCGGUUCGAGUUCUUCGACGACGAAAGCGACAAAAUCACCGAGCCCGACUUGCACGCUGCGAAUCUUGAGAACAUUGGGAAGCAGAAGCUCCCAAUAAUGCUUCAGAAAAAUGCCGAACAGGGCCGCCCUGUUUGUUGCCUAAUUUACAGCUGCUUCAUUCCUUGGGUUGCCGAUGUUGGAGAGUCUCUUCGAAUCCCUUCUGCUCCCUUAUGGGUUCAAUCUGCUGCCUGUUUCUCAGCUUAUUAUCACUAUUACCACAAACUCGUUCAAUUCCCAACUGAAUCCCAACCUGAAUUGGAUGUCCAUUUGCCCUGUAUGCCGGUUUUGAAGUAUGACGAAAUCCCCAGCUUCUUGCAUCCCCACACUCAAUACCCAUCUUUGACAAACUCCAUUUUGGGAAUGUUCAAGAACUUGAACAAGAAUUGCUGUGUACUGAUGGAGUCAUUCCAGGAGCUGGAAAAUGAAGUGAUCAAUUACAUGUCAAAGCUCUGCCCCAUCAAGCCAAUUGGUCCCCUGUUUCGCUACCCAAUUAAUAAAACUCCCGGGUCAACUAAUGUAGAAGAAGAUGAUGAAAUCAAACAGGGGAAAGGGGUAGAGAAUCCAGCAAGGCUUUCGUGUUGUGCUGACCCAGAACACGUGGACCUGGAACUCUACAGUAGUAGCUUUUUACAAGUAUGA